CUCCAGAAGGUACAGAGGGACUCUACAGCAUUAGACAAAAUGCUUGCCAUUGCUUUCUUCAAAAGAAAUACAAACACUUUUAAUCAGUGGUGGAAUAUUUUUUUUCUCUCUCUCUUCAUUUUUUUAACUGAAAGAGAAGCGACUCCUUUGGCACUCCACAUUUGUUUUUUACUAAAAGUCUUUAUAAGGUGAUUUCCAAGGAUACAUGGAGACAGUCAAAUACAACUGCUUGUCUGGUAAUUAGAGUCAUCUGAAAAUGACAAGUGCAGCUGGUGAUUCUAAACCAUCCUGCCGUCAGAUGGAAUGGUCUGCCUCCUUAUCUUUGUUGGACUGUAUUUUUGCAAAAUCUUGGUGAACUGCAAUUGCUCUAAAAUGGGCUGCACUCCUUCACGUGGGAACGGUCUCCAUGCAGCACAGGGUGUGUUCAGAAGAGGGAGAACUCUACUUCCAGGGACUCAUGAAAGACUUGGAGAAUCACAAUCUGAUGAUGGGAGCAGUGGAGAAUCCUGUGGACAGGACACAGAGAGAGACAACUCAACGGUUCGGAACAACAUAAGUUCCACGACGUUAGGGACGAAAUUCUCUACAGCUGAGCCUGAAGGGGCUGCUUCUGCAAAACUAGGUACACAAGAGAUUAACAUUGAUAUAUUAUCUCAAGGGAAGGAACGACAAGAAGAAAAACGAGAGGUUUAUGAGAAAAAGGGAGCAAAGAAGUCAAAGAAAGGUCAUAAAGGUGUCAAACUAAACAGGAAAAAAGAAAAGGAAAGAACAUUUUUUAAUGAAGAAAAAGUAGACUUUCCAGAGGCACUUGUGAAAGCUCAUCAAGCAGCGUAUGCAUAUCUUAACCCCAGCAUCAGUAAAUAUGAAGAUCUGUUGGGGUUACUUGAUCAUGCAGCCCAAACCCAAAUUUCCUUGCAACCCAUGGUGGCAUUCAUGGUCUUACGGUAUGAGGAAAUAAACAAAGGGCUGCAGGAAAUAGUGGAAGAGGGGGAGAUGAUGUUAAAAGAAAAUGGAGACCAUCUGGCUUGGCCUUGUGAAAACAAGAAUUCCUCUUCAUCCAACUCAGCAAAAAAUGUGACCUCUCCCACCUGCAGUGAGCCCCCACCAGACCUACUACAACAACUCCUUCAGUACACCGUACAGAGGAUGCGUCAGGUAGGUCAAUCAUUGUGUGGAAUUGGGGAUACCGCGCUUGAGGAGUCGGUCGAUUACUUUUCCUCCAUUACUGAAAUUCUAGAUGAGAAGCUCAGGACAAAACGUGCAUCAGAGUCUAGAUUAAUAUGGCUGCUUUCUCGGAUUGAGGCUGCAUCACAGAAAAAACCUGGCCCAGAAGACUCUGCACUAUUUAGUGAAGACAGUGGACUUGGGGCAGAAAGCGAGUCCCUAGCAGGUUCAGAGAGACAAUGCCAAAGGAGAGAAAGUUGUGAGUCAACCGGAACCAUUUGUGCUACAUCAAGUAGCCCUUGUGGUUCUACACCAGUUCACCAAGGCUCAUACAGAGGCAGACUUCUCAAAACAAUAAGCAACAGCAGCUCUCUUAACUCUAUAGACUCAACUUGCACGAUUACAGAAAAACAGAGGGAUACUAAAUCAGUACUUGGCUCUGUCUCCUUGGAUGAAGGUGGCAGGGAUGAUGUGGAGGAUGGUAGUGAAGAUGAAAAAAUCAAGGAGAAAAGAAGCAAACAAACAGAUUAUUUUAUUCCAGACCAGAGGCAACCACGUCGUUUGCCAACAAAGCGAAUAGAGAAUCCACAAAAUGUUGAAAUGACAUUAAAGCUAAAAGAUGCCAUUAGUGGCCGUAUUCGUUUUUCGCCAUCCCAAGGACUGGGAGAAAAAGCAAAACAGGCAGAUAACCCAAACAGCAGUAGUCAGUGGACUGAGGAUGGUGACAAAAGUUCUAAAAGACCUCAAACAGCUGCCUCUAGAACAUCUAAGAAAAAGUCCACAGUUACUAAACGUUCGAUAUCAGCAGACUCUCUGCGUAAUAAAGUAGAAGAUCCUACACUCAUUGAACUUGAGAGAACUCAAAAGGAACUCAACCAAAGACUGGAGAGAAUGACAAAGUUUAAGUGUGAAGGAAAUACAAAACCAGGUUCAUCUAAAAAAAACCAGCAACCGCAAACACAAAUAAUUUCAUCAGUUGCUGCUGACAGGCAGCGUUCUUUGAAUAGGAUAAUUUUUUCUCCAAGUAAUCAAAGAAAGGCAUGUCAUGCAAAAGUAGAACAAGAAAGUGUGAAGGAAGAAAUGGAGGAAAAAAAGAAAAAGGACAAAGGAAAGGGAAAGGAAAAAGACAAGAAAACCCCUCCUGUUAAAGGGCCUGUUAAGGUAACAUCUGUGCCAAGCCCUCCACCGUCACCCCACCAAUCUUCAGGGUUGUAUAGGGAAAGGAAUUCUGUUAAAAAACUGAUUGACACCUUCAGUCAGGGGUUGGAGGAAAGUAAACAGACCCCAGACAGUGCAACAGUUCUUGGACCUCUUAAAGGUGUUAGAAAGUGUGGUGUUCCCAUCAUUCCAGGUUUAGGUCCCUCUGCCACAUUAGCAUUCAAUGAAAAUAGUAUUCUCAGGAGUCAAGGGGAGUCACGGUGCUCUGAAAGGACAGAGGAUCUUGAUAUUGACAAUCUACCACCCCCUCCACUUGAGGUUCUCAUGGACAAUUCCUUUGAAAAUGUACAGGCAAAGGAUGCGGAAGAAAAUGAAACAAGCAGGGGCCGAUCCACUCUGCCAAAACGGACUCAGAUGUCUCAAAGGUUACGAGCCACUCUGCAGUCUGUUACAGUGCUGCCCAGUAAGGGGAAUUUGUGUAAAGGCUCUGUUAGCAUGUCGCCAGUUCGUUCAAAAAAACAUAAUACCAGAGGAGUUGUGAGGGGUGGUCACCAUGAUUCCAGCCAUGAAACAGACACGGAAAGUGAGGAGGCUGCUUCCCUCUACAAACAAGCAAGAAAGAUAAUCCACUUGAGGCAUUCUUCUGACUCACCGACAGAGAAAUUUACAGCAGAGCAGAGCCACAGACAGCUUUCCUUCUGCCAAAGUGACAUAGAGGUUUCACAAAAGGAGAACAGUACCAGUGAAUCAGUGCCAAUCAAUGCCUGCAAGAACCAAACCCCUGCCACUCCAACUGCAUCCAGAACUCGAGUGUUGCCAUCCACACCUCUGUUACAUCGGAGACUCCCUAGUUCUCCGGUACUGAAAAGUCAACCUUCUUCUUCAACUUCUUCUAACCCUCCUGUAGUCCGUAAACUCCCAACACCACCUUCUGCUGGCCAACGAACACUGCCAAGCACCCCUGCAACAUGGCAAGACCACACCCCCAUCACGGUGACAGGGAUCACCUACCCCUUUAAGGCACCGACACCUCCUGCUUCCCCAAAAGUGCAGCGCUGGUCUAGAGAAAAUAGUAGUGAGGACUCUUCAAGAGUAUUUAGUAAUGCUCGAUCAGUGUUUUGUCCAGUCUCAUCAUCGUUAUUUGAGGCUCAGCCUGUUCCUACACCCAAGCCCCCUCAGGCAUGGGCCUCCUCGGGUAGCAGUGUUUUGCCUCGUCCCUGGGGUGAGCGUGGUCGGCUGCCAGUGUUUGCACGAGGGCCCCAGCCAUUCAUCCGGCGCAGCCAGUCAGACAGGAGGCCCAGUUUAAGCCUGCCGCCGAGGGUGCCAGUCAUCUCUGUGGCAGAGACAUGCGGGAGUGAACCAGCAAUUAGCACCCAUGGGCUGGAAGUUGUUCCAGUCAGUGAAGACAAGCCAUGGAGUGAGCAAACAGAAAUCAGGGGUGCAGUUCGGUCUGUCUCGCAUCCAGACUUGUGCAUUGUGGGUCAAGGUCUACAGAGGGAAUGGGAGAAAUGAGGAAGGAGCAAGUGGGAUUAUGGAUUAGCAAAAUUUGGAUGGGAUUAAAACCGCUGUGUCCUGGUGGGAAAUGAAAAUAGCUAUUUCUGAGAAGGCCUUCUCAUGAUCAUUUCCAAUCAUUGUUAUUUUCAUCCUUUUUAGCUUCAGUGUAUAUUUGAUCUAUUUGCCUCAAUUCAAUUGGUCUAAUUUGUUUUGAAAAUGUUUUGUAUUGUGAAUAUUA